GCUCCGCAAUAAUCUUUCAUUUUUCUUGAUCGAAACAAUGGAGACUCCAUCAUCAACAACAACGUCAAAACUCAUUGUAAUUAAAGAAUCUGAGAAGAAGGAAAUGACGAAGAAAUCAGCUCUUUUUGAUAUUACAAAUGGGUCACCAAUUGUUGGCCUAGCUACUGGGAUUUUGAAAACCCCAUCAUCUGCAGUGUCCAGGAGUACUCAAGGAAGAAAAUGUUGUACUCCUGGUUCAGGGGAAGCAUUAUUGAGAGGUCAAGUGAAGAAUUUAUUGCAAAUGGUUGAAGAAGAAGCUGAAAUCUCAUUGGGGAAAAGGACUAAUAUCUUUCAUGUUGAAGGUCUUGUCGCCCCAACUCCUGCAAACACUCCUCUUAUGGAUCUCUCUGCCAAUGAAUUGCUGCCACCUGUCACCGCAUCCCCAGUGGAAGACACGUUUGUCAUAUCUCAGAUAUUGAAUAAGAUUGUGUAUGAGGGGAAGAAGAAGCAAGAGAGUGUUGAAAGUGAGACGAGUGUUACAAGAUCUUUACUGCUGGAUUUUUGUGACAAGUCAGAAUCAUCUGUAGACGGAGAAGAAGAAAUUGAUGAACUAUGCGAAGCAAUUAGCAGUAUGAAUGUUAAUGGAGGAGGACAGAAAUUUGCUGGCAAACGCAUCAAGUUUGUGUACAAUAGUGACGAUGAAUUUGUAGGAGUUGAGGAGGAAUUUGCAGCUUCACCAGAAAGGAUUGACUAAUCAAUCCUAAAGAAAAAGGAACCUUUACUUUUUUACUUUUUUAAUUUUUUUUUUUUUGCUGUUGUGCCAAGACACCAAGAACUGAGGUGUUGUGAUUGAUAUUACAUUGAUUCUGUAAGUUUUGGUUCAUAUUUCAUUUGGACCAUUCAGAAUAAUUUAUUGUCAAGUGAAAUAA